AUGCGUCCUGGCAUUGACUGGAGCAAUGUUUACAUCAUCCACAACGCUCAGUUCGAUCGCAACUGUGAUAUGCAUCCUGACGCCAUGCGACGUAUCGUCUCGACUGUUCGCAGUCUCCUUUCCAAACGCGAUGCUACCUCUCUUGCCGUUUGGUUCUACCCCGAAGAGACCUUCAACGACAGCUGGAGUGACGUCCCCAACAAACUCACCAUUGGGUCGUGA